AUGGGUCUCGAAAGCAGUGAACGGCCUCACACCCUUGCGAAAACCCCGGAUGACAGCUUUGUUCGAGUCGGCGUUCACCAAGACGCAGCAAGAGAAACCGAUUCAGUGAAAGAGAAGGAGCAUAGUAUUGCUGAAUCAGAUGAUAUACAUGAAAAGCCUGCCAAGCGAGGCUGGCGUUUCUGGACAAUCAUUGGAACUCUGUCUGUCAUUGGCAUUCUGUCUUCGUUGGAGAACACGGUGGUCGUUACUUCUCUGUCCGUAAUGGUUGAGGAUCUUGGACUUGGAGAGAACUAUAUCUGGAUCACAAAUGUCUUCUUCCUUACUGGCGCUGCAGUCCAACCUUUCUUCGGCCAGGUUGCGAACAUCUUUGGCAGGCGGAAGGUCACGCUCAUAAUCGUUGCUUUAUUCACUCUCGGAAGUGGUGUCUGCGGUGGCGCCCAAAAUGGCGCAACGCUUAUCGCAGGUCGAGCAGUACAAGGAAUGGGCGCUGGCGGUAUCAAUAUGAUCAUUGAUGUCAUCAUCUCCGAUCUUGUUCCUUUGAAAGAGAGGGGAAAUUACAUAGCUAUCGUGCUCACUGUUUAUUUUGUUGGUCUUGCUAUUGGUAUAUUUCUCCCUGCAUAUUCAUUUCAACAAGAUGAUGACUCCAGCGUCUUCUAUCUGAAUCUCCCUAUCGGUGUUCUUGCCAUGAUUCUGAUUCUGCUCUUUCUUAAUGUCAAGUACAACAAAGAGAUGUCCUUCCUUGAGAAAAUCAAGCGGAUUGACUACGUGGGCAACAUCAUGCUCAUUAGCUCGACUGUAUCAGUACUCUAUGCACUGACUUAUGCGGGGACGAAAUAUCCCUGGACCAACUGGAGAAUCCUUGUCUCUCUGAUCGUGGGACUGAUUGGACUUUCACUGUUCAUGGCCUUCGAGAGGACUUCAUGGCCCAUUGAACCCGUUGUUCCGCCUCGUCUCUUCGGCAACAGAACGUCGUCGACUGUGUUUGCUGUUACAUUCCUGAAUUCUGCACUAUUAUACUGGAUCAUGUUCUUCUUACCAGUCUACUUCCAAGCAGUCCUCCUCUCUAGUCCGUCAAAGGCCGGCGUACAAUUCAUUCCAUUGAUCGUUAUUGCGCUCCCGGCAGCGAUUGUGGCGGUCCUCUUGCUGAGCAAAUUCGGGAAAUACAAACCACUUCAUCUCUUUGGACUUGGCGUAUGCACACUCGGCCUAGGUUUGAUGACCAUGCAAGAUCGAAAAACCACCACGGUAGAAUGGGUUGUGUAUCAACUCGUUGCUGCGGGUGGUUCAGGAUUUGUUCUCAAUACGCUCUUACCGGCAUGCCAGGCUGGGCUCAAGGAAAGAGACCAAGCAGCAGCAACCGCAACCUGGUCAUUUGUCCGUUCAUUCGGUAGCAUCUGGGGCGUCGCUAUCCCCGCCGCCAUCUUCAACAAUCGUUUUGACAAAUUGUCACAUCGCAUUGAUGACCCUGCGGUACGUCAGAUCCUCUCGAGCGGCCAUGCCUACCAAUACGCGACAAAACAAUUCGUCCAAUCGUUCGGGAAAGCCACCGAAGACCAAUUGAUUGACGUCUACUCGGAUUCACUGAAAUUGGUCUGGCAGCUGGCCGUUGUCUUCUCGGGCGUGAGCUUCCUCCUGGUAUUCUUCGAGAGGCAGAUCAAGCUAAGGACAGAACUUGACACCGAGUAUGGACUAGACGAUGCCAAGGAGAAGAAAGAGUCGGAGAAUGUAGAAAAGGAUGUCGAGACGGCUUUGCCUUCACAGAAGUAG